UAAUGAAAAGGGUUUGGUUCUCCUUUAAGCUAUGUUUAUAAACAAAGGGUGAUGGUGAAACCUCCAGCUACUUUGUGAGCAGCAAUAUGAGUUCAACGAAUGUUAUUUUGAAUUCUGACACAUUUUUCCUUUUGAUUAGAUUCCAUCUCAGAUAUUAUCGCUUCUUCCUUGCGAUGGUGCACACUAUAAUGGAGAUUAAUGCGUCUGAUGAUCUUCUGCCCAAUAUAACACUGGGCUUCAGACUCUAUGAUUCUUGUUACAAUGAGGUACGAUCAUUAAUGGGAGCUGAAUGGAUUUUGUCAGGGAAGGAAAACGUGGUUCCCAAUUUUAACUGCAAUAAAGACAUCAUGCCGUUGGCUAUUAUUGGUGAUUUGCCCACAAAGGCUUCAAUACCUAUAGCCAGGAUCUUGGGAUUGUACAGAUACCCACAGGUUAGCUAUGGAUCACUUCACCCUUCAUUGAGUGAUAAAACACAGUUCCCUUCCUUCCUCAGAACGAGCCAUAAUGCUGACUAUGAGGUUUUUGCACUUGCUCAGUUGUUGAAGUACUUUAACUGGACAUGGGUGGGUAUCAUAUCCUCAGACAAUGACUUGGGAAGAUCAGGGGCUCAACUGGUAAGUCGAGAGAUUGAGAAAAAUGGUGGAUGUGUUGCAUUUCAUGAGAUACUUCCCAUAGUCAACUUCAUGAAGUCCAUUUUCCAUAUUGUUGAUGUCAUCCAGAAAUCCAGAGCAACAGUGAUCAUUGUGUAUUGCACUAUAGAAAGCUUCAUCCCAUUAAUUGAGGAGGCAUCACUUCAUAAUAUCACUGACAAAGUGUGGCUGGGCACUACUAUUUGGUCCAUAUCAUCUGACUUUCCAAAGCAUGAACUUCGAACUACCUUAAAUGGAAGCCUUGGAAUAGCAAGUCAACAUGGGGAAAUUCCAGGAUUUAAGGAAUUUUUGUACAGUCUUAAUCCUGACAUUUCUUUGGAUGAUCUUCUAAUAAAGACAUUUUGGGAGAAUGCAUUUCAAUGUGUUUGGCCAGAAAAUAAUACCAACAAUAAUCCAUCUCUGGCACAGCUUAGAGAAGAUAUUGUUUGGUGCACAGGAAAGGAGAGAGUGGACAGUAUUGAUCCUGAUGUAUUUGAUGUAUACAACUUCAGAGUUACACACAAAGUCUAUACUGCAGUCCUCACAGUAGCACAUGCUUUGCACCAGAUGAAGAACUGUGUUCCAGGGAAAGGACCAUUCAAGGAUGGAUCAUGUGCUGAUAUUUAUAAUCAUCAGCCUUGGCAGCUACUUCAUUAUAUAAAAAACAUUAAGUUCAACAACUCCGCAGAAGAGCAGAUAUUUUUUGAUGCAAAUGGGGAUGUUCCUCUCUAUCUGGACAUCUUGAAUUGGCAAAUGUUUCCUAAUGGAAGCAAUCAGUAUGUCUACAUUGGCUCCUUCGAUGCACAAGCUCCAAAAGGCCAAGAGCUCAAGAUACAGGACAACAAGAUUUUAUGGAAUGUUGGAUAUGACCAAAUCCCUGUCUCGGUGUGCAGUGACCCUUGUCCAAGAGGCCACAGAAGAGCCACCAUUCAAGGAGAAAAGAUCUGCUGCUUUGAUUGCCUGCCAUGUUCUGAAGGAGAGAUUCUCAACCCAAAUGAUGACAGUGAAUGUCUAAAGUGCCCAGAAGACAAAUGGCCUGACGGCAUAAAAGAAAAAUGCCUUUCAAAACCAAUUCAGUUCCUUUCUUAUGAUGAGACGUUGGGUUUUUCUCUUGCCAGUAUUUCAGUCUUGUUUUGUCUGCUUACGUUUUCUGUCUUCUGCCUGUUCAUAGUUAAACGGAAGACUCCCAUAGUAAAAGCAAAUAACAGAGAGCUCAGUUACCUACUUCUCAUCUCCCUCAUGUUUGGCUUCCUGUGUUCCUUGCCAUUCAUUGGUAGACCCAACCUGAAGACGUGCAUGAUACGCCAGGUCCUGUUUGCUGUUAUUUUUUCAUUUUGCAUUUCAGUCAUCCUAGCAAAGACCGUCACUGUCGUAAUGAUAUUUAGUGCCACAAAUCCAGACAGUAAGUUGAAAAAAAUGGUGACACUGAGAAUACCUGUUUAUAUUGUCCCUGUGUGCACAAUGGUUCAGUUAAUUCUAUGUAUUGUUUGGUUGGCCAGGGCAGCUCCAUUUGCAGAAUUCAAUAUGGCGGCAGAAAUAGGGAAAAUAGUGAUUGAGUGCAAUGAAGGCUCUAGGGUGUUAUUUUCAUGUGUGCUGGGGUAUAUGGGUUUGUUGGCAGCUAUUAGUCUAUUAGUUGCCUUUUUGGCGAGGAAGCUCCCUGACACAUUUAAUGAGACCAAGUUCAUUACAUUCAGUAUGUUGGUAUUUGCCAGUGUUUGGCUGACAUUUAUACCCGCUUACCUCAGUACCAGGGGGAAACAGAUGGUGGCAGUAGAAAUCUUUGCUAUACUAUCCUCAAGUGCUGGACUUCUUGUUUGUAUUUUUAUUCCAAAAUGUUAUAUAAUAUUAUUGCACCCAGAAAUGAACACCAAACAGUAUAUCACUGGAAGGACUGCCAGGAGCACAUGAUUAUUACUAAGGGUUUCAUGUCUUUUUUUGGAUAUGUUUAAAAAAGAAAGAAUGAAGAACUAAAAAAUUAAAUAACAAAAAACAAUCUUAAAUUAUAAGGGGUUAUAAUAACCAUUUCAUAGUACGGAACAAGGUUUUUCAUGUGUUUGAGUAGGACUGGGGA